GAGUGGCCGUGACCUCCCCCAGCGAAAGACCCCCUCGGCCCAGGAGGGAUGAGCAGUAGGAGAAGCCUGGGAAGCCCCUCACCAGGACCAGCUGGGGCAGGACCCCCCCCCCCCAGGACAUCAGGGUGUGGGGGCUGGUGGCUGUGGCGAGUUAGGUCCAGCCCACCUGGUUCUGCUGGCAGCCGGGUUCCUGGGAGAGGCAGCACCUGCUGACCUCUGAGGAAGGCCCCAGUGGAGGGUGCAGACAGGCCCCUGGCCUCUUCUGGCUCCCCUACCCCAGCGGGCCCAGCAUUGCUCGCUGGACACCCCCCCCAGCCCCCCCCCUCGACAGUACAGACCUUCUUGGGCCAAUGGCUCAAUCCAAGACCCGCUGGAUGGGAAGAGAGCCCGCAGCUGCCGGGCUCCAGGGUCAGGUUAAUUGAAGAAGCAAUUGGAUAGGAGGUGGGGAGAGGGAGGGGGUAGGGCUGGGGUUGUGGGGCCUCCCUCCCGCUCCCUCCCUCCUCUGCUCAGAGGAGCCAACUUCAAAAGCCUUGUCUGCCUGCCGCCAGCCUUCCCUGCUGUGUCCUGUCCUGGGAAGCCUGUUGGCCAGGCUUGGAGCAGGACUUGGAGUGGCAGCCACACUCCCUACCUGAGGACCCAGGAUCAUGUGCAAGGCCCACUGGCAGGAGUGAGGGAGGGCCUCACCCUCAGAGGCCCAUGGUGCCUCCCAAGCCUGCACUCUGGGCGCUCCUGCUGGCUCUGCUGGGGCUCGCACCGAGUCAGGCAGGGCUCCGCACCUGCAGCAUCCCUGACGUGCUCCGCCACUACCGUGUGGUCAUCUUUGAGGACCUGCAGGCUGCUGUGAGGCAGGUCGGGCCAGGCUCCCGACACCUCCAUUUCAUCCAGAAAAACCUGACUGGAGCUGCAGUCCUCGGAUGGCGGGAUCGGGAUCGGGUGGGAGCUUCCUGCGGUGCCCAGAAGGAGCACGAUAUCCUGCUGUCCAUUGCGUCCCUGGGUCGGACCCUGCGCAGGGUAGUGGCCCGGGGCCACCGCCGCGGGGCACUGGAGAAAGCCGCGUGGACUGUAGCCCUGCGCACCGAAGCAGUGAUGCGGCGCCACUGCUGGAUGAUGCGCCAGCGGAGGAGGAGCCGGUGGCCCAAGAGGCACCCUCCUCGGAGUCGCCGCAGCCGCAGCCGCAGCCGCAGCCGCAGCCGGAGGCGGCUCCUCCUGCGUGUCCUGGACACCGUCGCCACCUGCUGGGAGAAGCUCUUCGCGCUGCGUGCAGCAGCCUCCGAGGACUCGUAGCGCGUCCUGCGCAGGCCAGAGAAGAGCCAUCGGGGCCGCGGGGCCUGGGAACGAGCUUCAUUUGGUGACGACUGCCUCCUCUCCCUCUUGUUGGCUUACUCCUGGGCCCAGGCUCCUCCUUGUCAUGGCCCUGGACAUGCUCCAGGCACCUGGCCAGGACUCAAUAAACUGCUGGUGCUGCGG